CGUCGUUUACGUGGAGGUGCGCUCGCUGCUGGUCGGAUUCCGUGAAAGAACCGAAACUACGGCUCCGUGACCGCGGUAUAAGCGCUCUUCCAAGAGAACGUUCUUCCCUCCCGCGAAUAUACACCCCGAAGAGGAAAAGAAAGAGAGAAGAAGGAAAGAAGAGAAAGGGAGGAAGAAAGGGGAAGAAAAAAGGGAAAUAAACAUGUCGUGAACGUCCCCAGAUGACGUCCGAGAUGUAUACAAGCCGACCGAGUCGCUUAUAACGUGUGCGGCUUUCGAUCGGGCGACCAAUGCCGUAGACGCUUCGUCGGCGUCAUCGUCGUGGUCGCCGCCGUGGUCGGUGUGUGUGUGUGUGUGCGCGCAUGUGUAUACAUGUGUGUGGUGUGCGACAUACGCGUGUAAUCGUGUGCUCGCUCCUGACCUAUUCUACCUGAUUCUGGACCGCUCGCGAUGACUACGAGGGAGCUCUACGUUAAGGGUGGCAGAGUAUGGGUGCCGCAUCCGGAAAGGAUAUGGGAAGGCGCCGUACUCCUGGAGAACUACAGGCAGAAACAGCCGAGCCUGAAGGUACUGACGGAUGAGUCGAAUGAAACGAAAACGCUGGAGAUUCGAUCGGACGUCGAUCUGCCGCCGCUCCGAAAUCCCGACAUCUUGAUAGGAGAGAACAAUCUCACGUCGUUGUCGUUUCUUCACGAGCCCGCCGUCCUCUACAAUCUUCAGGUUCGCUUUCAGCGGCACUCCAUCUACACUUACUGCGGCAUCGUACUGGUGGCUUUUAACCCGUACAACGAAUUACCCAUCUACGGUAAUGACACGAUAUGGGCCUACAGGGGCCAGGCGAUGGGCGACCUGGAACCCCACAUAUUCGCGGUGGCGGAGGAAGCCUAUACGAAAUUGGAGAGAGAAAACCACGAUCAGUCCAUCAUCGUUUCCGGUGAAUCCGGCGCCGGCAAAACCGUCUCCGCAAAGUACACCAUGCGGUACUUCGCGACCGUCGGCGGAUCGGCAACGGAAACGCAGAUCGAGAAGAAGGUCCUGGCCUCGUCGCCCAUCAUGGAGGCGAUCGGCAACGCGAAGACCACCAGGAACGACAACUCUUCCAGAUUCGGCAAGUUCAUCGAGAUCCAGUUCAACAAGAGCUACCACAUCACCGGCGCCAGCAUGAGGACCUACCUGCUGGAGAAGUCGCGGGUGGUGUUUCAAGCGAGCGAGGAACGAAACUAUCACAUUUUCUAUCAGAUGUGCUCGGCGGCGCGACGCCUCCCUCAGCUGCAUCUGUCCGACGGACAGAUGGGAUUCCACUACCUGAAUCAGGGCAAGAACCCCAGGAUCGACGGUGUGGACGAUCUCGCGUACUUCAACGAGACCGUGACGGCGCUGACGAUGCUCGGCUUCACGUCCAGGCAGCAGGACGACAUGCUGCGCAUACUGGCGGCCAUACUGCACCUGGGCAACGUGGAGAUAGGCAGCCGCGCGAGCAAGGACGCGGAGGGCGAGGUCGACACCGAGUCGAGCUACAUCUCGCGCUCGGACCGGCACCUGCUCACCAUCUCCGAGCUGCUGGGCGUCGACAUGAGCGCGAUGCGAAAGUGGCUGUGCCAUCGCAAGAUCGUCUCGACCAGGGAGGUCUUCCUCAAGCCGAUGAACGUGGAACAGGCGAUCGGGGCCCGGGACGCCCUGGCGAAGCACAUCUACGCCGAGCUCUUCAGCUGGAUCGUCGCCGGCAUCAACGAGUCGCUGCACUCGCAGCCGAGCCAGGCGCAACGCUUCAUCGGUGUGCUGGACAUCUACGGCUUCGAGACGUUCGAGGUGAACUCGUUCGAGCAGUUCUGCAUCAAUUACGCCAACGAGAAGCUGCAGCAGCAAUUCAAUCAGCACGUCUUCAAGCUGGAGCAGGAGGAGUAUCUCAAGGAGGACAUCGAGUGGACCUUCAUCGACUUUUACGACAAUCAGCCGUGCAUCGACCUGAUCGAGACCAAGCUCGGUAUCCUGGAUCUCCUGGACGAGGAGUGCCGGAUGCCGAAGGGCUCGGACGCCUCCUGGGCGGAGAAGUUGUACGCGAAGUGCGGCAAGUCGAGGCACUUCGAGAAGCCGCGCUUCGGCACCACCGCCUUCCUCAUCCAUCAUUUCGCCGACCUCGUGCGCUACGAGAGCGUCGGCUUCCUCGAGAAGAACCGCGACACCGUGAUCGAGGAGCAAGUGGACGUGCUCAGAUCCGGCGAGAACAAGCUGCUGAGGAGACUGUUCAGCGACGAGGAUCCCAAGCUGAUGGUGCCGCACGGCCACCGUGUCAGGGUGUCGGCCGCGCAGAGGUACAGCGAGCCGCCGAGCAGGCAGAGCAGGCGGAACAAGAAGACGGUCGGCUCGCAGUUCCGCGACUCGCUCAACAUGCUGAUGGCGACGCUGAACGCCACGACGCCGCAUUACGUGCGCUGCAUCAAGCCGAACGACGCGAAGGAGGCCUUCGAGUACAGUCCGGUACGGGCGGUGCAGCAGCUGCGCGCGUGCGGCGUCCUCGAGACCAUCAGGAUCUCCGCCGCCGGCUUCCCGAGCCAGAGGACCUACGGCGACUUCUUCCAGCGGUAUCGCUGCCUCUGCCGCUUCAAGGAGAUACGUCGGGACGACCUGAGGGAGACCUGCCGUCGGAUCCUCGCCAGGUACAUCAACGACGAGGACAAGUUCAAGUUCGGCAAGACCAAGGUGCUCUUCAGAGCCGGACAAGUGGCGUAUCUGGAGAAGUUGCGGGCGGAGCGGCAGAAGGACGCUUGCGUCACGAUACAAAAGACUGUGCGCGGCCUCAUCCACCGCAAGAGGUACGGCAAGAUACGCAGAUCGGUCCUCGGGCUGCAGCGAUACGGCAGGGGUUGCAUCGCGCGACGGAAGGCCGAGGCGGUCAGGAGGGAGAGAGCCGCCGUCAAGAUUCAGGCGCGCGUCAAAGCCUGGCUGCAGAGGCGGUGGUACCUGCGGCUCCGCCGCGCCGUUCUCGCCGUUCAGACGCGCGGCAGAGGCAACAUCGCUCGCGCCAGGUACGGGAUCAUGAAGGACCACGCCGCCGCGACGGUGAUCCAGAGGUUCGCCCGCGGACACCUCGUGAGAAUCGCGUGCAGGAAGAGACUGCGGGACAUCGUCGUCGUGCAGUCGUGCAUCAGGAAGUACCGGGCGAAGAAGGUGUUCAGGCGGCUGAAAGCCGAGGCCAGGAGCGUCGAGCACGUCAAGUCGCUCAACAAGGGACUCGAGAUGAAGAUCAUCACGUUGCAGCAGAGGAUUGACGAUCUGGCGAAGGAGAACCAGCUGCUGAAGAACGUUCAACACGAAAUGGCGGACCUCAGGUGCAGGCUGGACCUUUUGAAGUCCGUCGACGUCGAGAACAAGAAAUUGAACGGAGCGGUGCAGGACAGGGAGAAAGAGUUGAGCGAGAUGCGAGGCGUCUUGCGACAGGAGAGGGACGAAAAGAUGGAUCUGUUGCAAGACAGAGAAAGGACCGUUCGGCAGAAGGACGAGGAGAACAAGAAGCUGCAGGAGGACAACGAGAGGCUGCGCAAGGAGCUCUCGCUGGCGACGGAGAAACUCAAGAGCAACCAGCGCGGCGCCGAAGAGAAUCUCAAGUACCGGCUCGAGCAGGAGAAAGACCUGCUGUUGCUCGAGCAGGAUCAGGAUCGCGGCGCCUAUCAGAGACUGCUCAAGGACUAUCACGAUUUGGAGCAACACGCGGAGUUGCUGGAGCAAAAGCUGGCGGUGCCGGGACACUCGCGUUCCUUGAGCAACGCUUCCAGCGGCAGCGGCCAGAUCGCGUCCGCCGAACUCCCGCAAGAUGAUCAAAACGUCGAUUUCGGCUACGGUUCCGUAAGAUCCACGGCUUCCUCGUCGACGCUGUACUCUCGAGUGGAAACCAUCGACUGGAAUCAGCAACGGUCGGAUAGUCCGCCAGACGGGGAAUCGAACAAAUCGAUGAUCGAAACGAACGACACCACGCAUGCACGCGUCGACAUCGGUCUUGUUCUCAAGCUGCAACAGAAAUUGAGGGACGUCGAGAAGGAGAAAAGCAGACUGAUCAGAACGGUCGAGGAUCUGGAACGCGAUGGUUGCGAGGAGUCUAGCAGAACGCAGGAUUCGUUCAAGCUGCAGGAACUGGAAAUGGAGAAUGCGCAGCUUAAGAAAAAUUUGACCUCGCUGCGGAAGACCGUGUCAGCCGGCCCAGCGUCCGCGCAGCAAAAUCUUAUGACGCAAUUCGAAGCGCUGCAAGAAGAACUGGAAAGAAGGAGAGAGGAGUGCAUUCAGCUGCACAGCGUGCUGGCCGACCAUACGCGUAGGAUGAAGAGCCUGGGUGCCAAUUACGGACGCGACGUGGACAUUAUAAAUGAGGACGGCGAGUUGGUGCUCGCCUUCGAGGCGCAGAAGAAGAUCAAUAGACAACUGGAGGAUGAACUGCAGGCCAAGGAGAAAGGUUGGCGAUCGCAAAGGGACAAAUGGAGAAACGAGAUAGACAGAUUGCAAGAGGAGAUAGAGAGGCAACAAAAGCUGCUUUCCAUUAACCUGAGCAAAUCGCCGCAGACUCAGACGGAACUCUACAUGCAACACGAGAUUGCCAGGCUAACGUCCGAAAAUCUGGAUCUUCAGGAGAAGUACGAUAGAGUGGCGGAAGAGUGCCGACGCUACAAGAAGCAAUGCAGAAUCCUGGCGAAACGACUCAAGGAUGCUGGCUACGAAGGAGACGAUAUCAAGGAACGUCCAUACGUGUUGAGAGGUGCCGUGCCUAAUCCGGUAGAGUGCACGAGUAGUGCCGUUUCCACCGCUUACGGCGACGGUGCGAGCAACAUGCCUGUCAUUCGGAAGAAAGAAAGGGAUUACGAAGGAAUGUUCGAAUUCCGAAAAGAGGACAUCAACGUGAUAAUACGUCACCUGGUGAUCGACUUGAAGCCCCAAAUAGCGGUGAGGCUGCUGCCAGGCUUACCGGCCUACAUCCUUUUCAUGUGCAUCAGGCACACGGACUGCGUCAACGACGAAGACAAGGUCCGGUCGCUACUGACCGAGUACCUGGGUGCGGUAAAGCGCGUGCUGAAGAAACGCGACGACUUCGAUACCAGGGUACUCUGGCUGAGCAACAUCCUGAGACUGUUGCACAACAUGAAACAAUAUUCCGGUGAAAAGCCGUUCCAGAUCGAGAACACGCCCAGACAGAACGACCAGUGCCUAAGGAAUUUCGAUCUCAAAGAGUAUCACGACGUGCUGAGCAACGUCGCGCAGUGGGCCUUCAACAACAUCGUGACGGGUCUCAAAGAGAGAAUCCAGGCCCUGACGGUGCCGGCGUUGCUCGAGCACGAAGCUAUAUCCGUUUCCCAGUCCAACAAAGCCGGCCGACCCCGCUCGUCGUCCAUGGGCGGCGAGCCGGACUCGACGCAACAGAAAUUAGACAAGCUGCUCGAUGAGCUCACGUCGGUACACAAGACUCUGCAGUAUCACGGCAUGGACCCCAAGAUGGUGGUGCAACUAUUCAAGCAACUCUUUUACUUCAUGUGCGCGAGCGCUCUCAACAAUCUGCUGCUGAGGAACGAGCUCUGUCGAUGGACGAAGGGCAUGCAGAUAAGGUAUAACAUGAGUCAUUUGGAACAAUGGGGCAGAGACCGACGAUUGGAGGUUGCAUCGGAAGCGUUACAGCCCAUCAUACAGGCGUCGCAACUUCUACAGGCGCGCAAGACGGACGAGGACGUCAAUUCCGUCUGCGAAAUGUGCAACAAAUUGACAGCCAACCAAAUAGUAAAGAUUUUAAAUCUAUACACGCCCGCGGAUGACUACGAGAGCCGAGUUCCAGUCUCGUUUAUCAAGAAAGUACAGGACAAACUGAAGGAACGCGAUGAAAACAACGAACAACUGCUGAUGGAUGUAAUGUUCUCCUAUCCGGUGAGAUUCCCGUUCAAUCCAUCGAACAUUCGACUGGAAAAUAUCGAUAUACCUGAGGUGCUUCAUUUGCCUAUGCUCAAGAAGGUGUAACGAAAUUCUACCAUACCGUCUUUAGUUCUUUUCCUUAUUUGCGAAUGUCUAAACUUGCGCUUAAUCCUCUCAUUCUUAAACUUGAGAGAAAACUCGGCGAUAUCGAUCGUUCAGCAAAGUUUCGUGUAGUAAACGCAUCGAGCGAUGUAUAUCACGUUUUAUACGUUUCUUUUUUACUCGGCUGAUUUAUGAUACGUUUAUGAUACGUCUCUCUCCGAAUCGCGUUCACGCGUUUCGAGUCAAUUUCGUUGCAUAGGUAAACCAUUGAAAUGAUUGAAAAAAUAUAUUUUUCGUUAUUGUUAAUAGUACAAUGUUGUACGUUGAAACGCGCGGAAGAAAGAGAGAGAGAGACAGAGAGAGCUACAAGUACAAAGUUCCUACAAGGAUUUUCAUAUAUGUUGUGUCAGAUAUUUCGCUCGUCAAUGACAUAAUGCAACAGAAUAGAUUCAGAAAAGCGAUCGAUCACUUCCCAUCCUAUCUUGAUCAUUUUAAUCAUGAUUGAAACAUUUUGUAAAUUUCUACUCGUUUAGUCGCCUAUCGUGAACUCUUAUGAGCACGUACAUAUAUAUAUAUCCAUGAAUCUGCUUUUCUUUCAAUUAAAUAAAAACGUGUUUGACCAAAAUUGAAAAUCACUUAUCUCGUGUUUGCACAUGUAAUGCAAAGCAAUUCUUGUAACAAUUAAAAAAGUAACAACAUUAAACAAACAUCGAUACUAGUCUAAGUUAAACUGUCGAUUUAUUUGUCCAACUGUCUAUGUUACAACUGUAAAUCCCUGUAAGAACUUGAUAUGUACGAUAAAAGAGAUUGUUGAAGAUAUGUAAUUAAUAUGUAAAAAGAAAAGGCAUGCAAAAAAGAGAAAAGAUAUAAUGUUAUAUUGGAAUAGAGAUCGUAUAUUUUGUGAUACGAGAGAGAAAAAGAGAGAGAGAGAGAGAGAAAACUAUUAAUAACAAUUGGGUCCGGUACAGACAGAGAUGGAAGAAUGAAGAGAAAACGAAGGUGAUCGAAAGAAAUAGAAAUAUAUAUUGUUGUUNUAUGUAUGUAUAUAUAUAUAUAUAUAUAUAUAUAUAUAUAUAUAUAUAUACAUGCGAUUGUGUAUUUUGUGCCAUUUUACGAGUAGAUUGUAACGAUAUCCGUUUGUUAUUUCGUUCGGUCUGCGAUCGAUUUUGCGCAUUACGAACACACUCCAUAGAAUGGUAUCCGAAGAGAUACCCUUCCCUUAAGAGAUAUAGGCAGAAUAUAUUUACACAAUUACACACACACCUUGACUCGAUGUGACAUAUUUAUUUGUUCCUACAGUGAGAAUAAAAUCGAAAUAAUGAUACUUUU